ACUAUAUAAACCAGUUGCCUGAAGAACAAGAGCAAUCUAGUUUGAGAAGACACUCGCGAUGAAAGUCAUAUUUAUCAUAUUACUAUUAGCAAUCUCACUCUCAGCAGCCUACGCUGCAAAAGACGACCAGGUCAGCCUGGCUGUAAAAGACCCUAAAGCUAUGCUACGUCUGUUCGGGGACUUCCAGAAGACGUACAGCCGACACUACUCACGCUCGCAGAGGAGACUGAGGCUGCAGAACUUCAAUAGUUUUGUGAAGAACGCUGACGAGUUGAAUCGGAUGGAUAAGGAUGUUCAGUAUGGUAUUACGUUCUUUGCAGACCUCACGGCUGCAGAAGCAAACAGACUACGGGGCAUCAACCAAACUGCCCUAUUCCAAGACACAGAAGAAUCAACAACCUCUGAUGAUGAUGAUGAUGAUGAUGAUGAUGAUGAUGAUGAUGAUGAUGAAGAUACUGCUGAUCUGAAGAUCGCGAAUGACGUCAGAUACGGACCUAUAAAGAAUCAGAGCCCUUGUGGAUCGUGCUGGGCAUUUGCUGGAGUUGGGCUCUUAGAAGGACACGCAUAUCUCACCACCGGACACUACGUAGCGCUUUCUGAGCAAGAGGUUAUAGAUUGCACUGAGGGCUCCGGGACCGAUUGGGGUGAUUUAAUGGCUGGUCUCAGACAAGUGAGGGAUCAAAACCAUCUAGCCACAGAAGCUGAUUAUCCCUAUAAAAAGAACGACGGUUGGUGUAACGCCCGCCAACACUCCAAUGCUCUUCCCUUUAGAAUAACAGCAGUGAACCACAUCAAAGGAGAUAACCGUUUGUUCAGCGCGCUCCAAGAUGCGCCAGUGGCAGUGGCUAUGAGCUUCCCUUCAGCGCUGAACGGGUAUAAAUCAGGUGUGUGGAGAGAUAGAGUGGGACAAUGUGCGGGCACUCCUAUAAACCACGGAGUAGUGGUCGUGGCAUACAGUUUUCAGCACUGGAAGGUGCGAAACAGUUGGGGCAGCAACUGGGGGGAGCAGGGCUACAUUAGGUUCAGCAGGAGGGUCAAUAACCUUUGUAGGAUAAGUGAUGUUGCUACAACUAUUUCCCUGCAGAAAACCAGUGCAGUUGAGGAGGAGGAGUAGGACCUUUUUCAUUUUAAUCCUCGCAUUU